CACAGCAGGGUCACACCAUCCCUCACCGUCAUCAGGAUGAAGAACUGAAAGACAUUAAAGCUGAGAUUAAAGAGGAGGAAGAAGAAGAAAUGUUUAUAAGUGGAGCUCAGCAGUCUGUGGAGGAGGGAGGUCCUCUUCUUUUUUCUCGGGAUUCCACACAGGAAGAUCACACCAUCCCUCACCAUCAUCAGGGUGAAGAACGGAUUAAUAUAAAAGCUGAGGUUAAAGAAGAAGAGGAGACGUAUGUGGGGGGUGAUCAGCCAAUCAUAGAGGAGGUUGGGAUGAUUAUGAAAAGUGAACAGGAAGAAAUGUCUCUACCUAACGACAUAAAUGGACAUUAUGUCUGGAAUACCAACGAGGGACAUCUUCUCUUAUCUCCAGAUUGUGACGGCAUUGCACAAUAUUCUACAGGUGUAAAUCUUGUUCCUGGAAACAUACAUAAGAGAUCUUCUUCUCAUUUAGAAAGACCAACAGAUCCCUGUGAUCCUGGAGGAUCUUCUGAUCGAUCACAUUCUGUACCUCUUGACAUCCAUCUGAGAUCUCACAGUGUUGAUGGAGCAAAAGAGCCUUAUUCGUGUUCGGAGUGCGGGAAAUGUUUCAAUAAGAAAAAAGCAUUUCUUAAUCACUGCGAAAAUCACACAGGCGAGCGUCCCUUUCCGUGUUCAGAGUGUGGAAAAUGUUUCAAAGAGAAAAAAAACCUUCUUACCCACCAAAGAAUUCACACGGGUGAACGUCCUUUCACAUGUUCAGAGUGUGGUAAAUGUUUCAUUCAGAAGGGACAUCUGGUCAAGCACCAGAAAUUUCACACAGGUGUGCGUCCCUUUGCAUGUCCAGAGUGCGGGAAACGUUUCACUGAGAAAGCGAACCUUCUUGUACACCAGAGAACUCACACAGGAGAACGUCCCUACUCAUGUUCAGAUUGCGGGAAAGGUUUCAUUCAAAGCAGUGACCUUCUUAAACACCAGAUGGUCCACUCAGGUGAGCGUCCCUAUUCGUGUUUAGAGUGCGGGAAAGCUUUCAUUAAGAAAGGAGAACUUUCUAAACACCAGAGAAUUCACACGGGAGAACGUCCUUUCUCAUGUUCAGAUUGCGGGAAAGGUUUCAUUCAAAACAGUGACCUUGUUAAACACCGGAGGAUUCACACGGGUGAGCGUCCCUAUUCGUGUUCAGAGUGCGGGAAAAGUUUUACUGCGAAACGAAGCCUUCUUGCACACCAGCGGACGCACUCAGGUGAGCUUCCUUACUCAUGUUCAGAGUGCGGGAAAGGUUUCAAUGAGAAACAAGCAUUUCUUACUCACUACAAAAAUCACACAGGUGAGCGUCCUUAUCCGUGUUCAGAGUGUGGAAAAUGUUUCAAAGAGAAAAGAAACCUUCUUACCCACCAGAAAAUUCAUACAGGUGAACGUCCUUUUUCAUGUUCAGAAUGUGGGAAAUCUUUCAUUCAGAAAAAACAUCUCCUCAUCCACCAGAAUUAUCACACAGGUGACCGUCCCUAUUCAUGUCCAGAGUGCGGGAAAGGUUUUACUCAGAAAGCAAACCUUCUUGUACACCAGAGAAAUCACACAGGCGAUCGUCCCUACUCAUGUUUGGAGUGCGGAAAAUGUUUCAUAAGCAGGAAAACACUCACUUCACACCAAAUGAUUCACUCAGGUGAGCGUCCUUUUUCAUGUUCAGAGUGCGGGAAAAGUUUCACUGAGAGAGGAACCCUUCUUAUACACCAGAGAACUCACACAGGCGAUCGUCCCUACUCGUGUUUGGAGUGUGGAAAAUGUUUCAUAAGCAAGAAAACACUCACUGCACACCAGAUAAUUCACUCAGGUGAGCGUCCUUAUUCAUGUUCAGAGUGCGGGAAAUCUUUCAUUAUGAAAGGAGAACUUUCUAAACACCAGAAAAUUCACACAGGAGAUCGUCCUUUCUUAUGUUCCUAUUGCGGGAAAGGUUUCAUUCAAAACAGUGACCGUCUAAAACACCAGAGGAUUCACACGGGUGAGCGCCCAUAUUCAUGUUCAGAGUGCGGGAAAAGUUUUGCAGAGAAAGGAAGCCUUCUUAGACACCAGAGGAAUCGCACGGGUGAGCGACCUUACUCCUGUUCGGGAGAGCGGGAAAUGUUUCAUAAAGAGAGUAGUCCUUCUCGAACACCAGAGAAUUCAUGUGGGCUAACAGAGCAGGGGGAGUCCUUCAUAACAAAUAUGUAGACCCAGGAACUCUAGAGAUAUAAGUAUAUCAGAGAACGUUUGUAACCCUGUAAGCCUCAGAUUAUUUAGGGCAGUGCUCUUCAAACCGCGGUCCGCAGGCCAGAUACCCUUUGCUCACCUUUAUCCGGCCCUUGGGGCUCCACUGACACCAAUGACGGGGCACUAUUCUUCCCAUGAAUACCAAUGAUGGG